CGCCGUAAAGCCGGCGCCCCCACGUGCGUCAGCUCUGCCCCGGCUGCCUUGGCGUGUUCUGUGGUGGCGGCGGACUUGACGUUUCCGCUAUGGGCAAACGGCGGAGCCGCGGCCGCAGCCAGCUGCUCGGCACGAUGACCAAGAAACAGAAGAAGCACCUCCGCGACUUCGGCGAGGAGCACCCGUUCUACGACAGGGUUUCCGGAAAGGAGGCAAAGCCACAGAUUUGUCAGCUGUCAGAGAGUUCAGAUACGUCACAUUCUGAAAGUGAAUCAGACAAUGAACAAGAGCACAUUUCAGGGUACCACAGACUGCUUGCUACAUUAAAGAAUGUUUCUGAAGAGGAGGAGGAGGAGGAGGAUGGCAGUGCUGUAAGUGAUGCAGAAACGAGUGAUGAAGAUGGUGGUGAAGAUGUCAGUGUGGAAGAAACUGCAGAGGCAGCUGAGACACAGGAGCAUUCAUCCCUUCUUGACAACUCACAAGGAAAAGAUGGGAAAGAGUCAUCUGAUACAUUACAGAGAUCGUCGGAGGAGUUCACAGAUGCCAAACAUGAGUCACUGUUCAGCCUGGAAACCAACUUUCUGGAGGAGGAGAGUGGAGACACUUGUUCUCAGAGAACAUCCCAAGAUCCCUUCCAGCAGCAUGUCAACAGAGAACUGGAAGAAAAGGAAAUUCAGGUUGCUGCUGCCAGCCCUCCAACUACCCAGCAAGUGAAGUGGCCCGUCCUGGGACAGCUUGUCUUUUCAUCAAAGUUCCAGAAGAUGGAAACAUUUAAGCCUCCAAAGGAUAUUGAACUGCAGUCACUUCAUCUUCAGAAGCCUCUAGAAUCCACCUGGACAAAGACCAAUAGCCAGUUCCUAUCUGGUCCUCAAAAAUCAAAUAGCCCCUUUACCCCACUCCAGAAAGAGCUGUUCUUAAUCAUGAAUUCCUACCGGGACCUGUUCUACCCUGAGAGGACUGCCCUGAAGAAUGGAGAAGAGGUCCGCCAUGUGUACUGUCUGCAUGCCAUCAACCAUGUCCUCAAAGCUAAUGCCCAAGUGCUGGCUAACAACAGUAGGCGCCGAAGCCAGAAGCUUGGGCUGGGUGAAGAUGAUGAUUUCAGGGACCAAGGGCUCACCAGGCCUAAGGUACUUAUAGUGGUGCCCUUCCGGGAAGCUGCCCUUAGGGUGGUCCAGCUCUUCAUCAGCCUCCUUGAGGGAGACAGCAAGAAGAAAAUCAUUGUGAGCAACAAAAAGAGGUUUCAAGGGGAGUAUGGAUCUGAUCCUGAGGAAAGACCUCCCAACCUGAAGAGGCCUGAGGAUUAUGAAGCUGUGUUCGUGGGCAAUAUUGAUGACCACUUCAGGAUUGGAGUGGCGAUACUUCAGAGGAGCAUCCGUCUCUAUGCCCCCUUUUACUCCUCCGACAUCCUCAUCGCCUCCCCACUGGGCUUGAGGACCAUCAUUGGUGCUGAAGGAGAAAAGAAGAGAGAUUUUGACUUUCUGUCUUCGAUUGAGCUUCUCAUCAUUGACCAGGCUGACAUUUACCUGAUGCAGAACUGGGAACAUGUCUUGCAUUUGAUGAAGCACAUGAACCUGCUGCCCUUGGACUCUCAUGGGGUGGACUUCUCUCGAGUGCGUAUGUGGAGCCUCAAUAACUGGUCCAGGUUCUACCGCCAGACGCUGCUCUUUGGUGCCCUGCAGGAUGCACAGAUCAACUCCGUGUUCAAUAAGCACUGCGUCAAUGCUCAAGGCCAGGUGGCCGUGAGGAAUGUCCCAAUGAUAGGCUCCAUCAGUCACGUGUUGGUGCAGCUACCUCACGUCUUCCAGAGGAUGGAAGUCCAAGACCUAGCGUCAGUGAUCGAUGCCAGGUUUCACUUUUUCACCAACAAGAUUCUGCCUCAGUACCGGGAUGCCAUCAUGUCACACACGCUCAUCUAUGUCCCCUCCUACUUUGACUUUGUGCGUCUCCGAAACUACUUCAAGAAGGAAGAGCUGAACUUCACACACAUCUGCGAGUACACACAGAAGUCUGGGGUAUCUAGGGCGAGACACUUCUUUCUCCAAGGAGAAAAGCAGUUUCUGCUCCUCACAGAACGCUUCCAUUUCUACAAAAGGUACACAAUAAAAGGCAUCAGGAACCUGAUCUUCUACGAACUGCCAACAUACCCGCACUUCUACAGCGAAGUCUGUAACAUGCUGAAAGCCACCAGCAGAGGCGAGGAGGCCACGUGGACCUGCACUGUGCUCUACUCCAAGUACGAUGCCCAGAGGCUGGCAGCUGUGGUCGGCGUGGAGCGGGCGGCGCAGAUGCUGCAGUCUCCGAAGAACGUCCACCUCUUCGUCACCGGAGAAAAAUGAGUGUGGUGGGGCAGCUGCACCCGUGGACCCUGUAGGUCUGGUUCUGACCACUGUGCCAGGAGCAUGCUGCAAACAGACUGCAGGCUGGUGUCCCUGGAAAGUGCCCUGUAACCAGAGCCAGGACAACCUAAAGAACUGUCACAUUCAGAAAUUGAAGCUUGUGUUUGUCAAGCUUGUGUUUGUCAAACUUUGUCAGCUGUAAGUUAUCCAAUUACGAUUUUAAUUUAAUUUUUAUUUUAUA